GCUAUGGAGCUCUAGUGUUGAUUUUGUUUCUUUAUUGUGUGAAGAGUAUAUGGAAGCGUUUGAGUGGAUGGACUUCAUAUUUGCCUUGGAAUAAACAAUCAACCUCGUCGACAACGAUACCUUUCAUUCUUUUUGAAGGUGAUCAAUGGCCACAAUCUGGUUGUAUCAUUGCAAACUUAGAUGUCUCCAGACAUCCCAUACCUCUCACAACAGUUUAUGAUGAGUUGCAGCCUGCUAAUGCUUCUCCUUAUACACUGCUUCAGGCUUUGUGUGAUCAGAGACACCAUGUUGGUCUGCUUGAUGAAGAGAAAAUUCUUCCAUUAGGAAUGGAAAUGGGACCACUUGGAAUCUCUAGUUUCAAUAAUGGAGUACUUGAAAUAAAGACAUACAUGCAGCUUCCCUAUCUUCUGUAAGGGGGUUUGUUUGUGGAAGUGUUCUCGGCCUUUUUCUUUUGAACUUGCAGAUUUCUUGCUCUUAAUAUACAUGAAGUUGUUUGUUAAAUUUUUGCUUCUUCUUUGGAGUUAGCUGCCGUCUUAAGUAUUAAGAAUAGUAACUCUUCGUGCAGCCCCCAUCCUCUCUCAACUAAGUUUUGCAUUGCCUUUUAUGAUGCUUUACUGCUUUAGCCACUUUUUUACUUAAUAAAGAAAUGGAUACAUGAAAAUUCCAAGUUUAUCCAACUAUCUGAUGUCUCUGCUCCCUAGAAAAUGUAAAGUACUCAAUGAAUAUCAUCACUUGCUUUAUAUGUACAUGUUGCAAUUUUUUUCUUCAAAUCUUUCUUGAGGUGCUGCUUUCAAUUGAAUAACUGAAUUUGUGCUGGUGUUUUGCAGGACUGACGUGACAAAGGAUCAGAUGAUGUCAAAUUUAGCCUUCAGGACAAAGAUGCUAUUUUGGAGUGGGAUUUUUCUCGGUUCAUUCUCCUUUGGUAUUCUUGGAUUUGCUGUUGUGAGGAAAUGGAGCAAAUGGAAAGUGCAGAGGGAACAAAGAAGGUAUCAGCAACCAGGACAUGUUGGCACUGAACCAAGAAGGCAUCAGCAACGAAGGCAUGUUGCUAUUGAACCAAGAAGUGUUGUUAGUAAUGAUGCAACAGCACAGAUUAUGGAGGGAGGUGAGAUGAGUGAUGGUUGGUUUGCUACAUCACAGAUUGCAGUGGAAGAGGAGACGGGUGGAAGUUUGUUUGAGCUACCGAGAAAUGCUGCCAGCAAUGAUGCAUCCCCUUUGACUGUGGGGAAGGAGCCAAUAGAUAAUGCUCCUGACAAAACAUUGUGCUUGAUUUGCUGGACAAAGGAAAGAAACUUUCUAUUCAUCCCGUGUAGGCAUCUAGCUUGUUGUCAACAAUGUGCCAUGGCAAUCGAACAUGAAGUGCCGCGAAGAUGCCCUUAUUGUCGCCAACCAAUUCAACUUUCAUUUAGUGUAUACAUACCUUGAGAAAGAUGAUAUCUCCUUUCAUUGGUGCUCUGGAAAAACCACAGUUGCUUCAAUGAUGUAUAAAAAUAUCUGAAUUUU